AGGGGCUUGAGUCCUUGAAUCUUUUUCUCUUUUUCUUUCAAACCUCUCAAUCUUUAAGCUUACUCUACUUUAUGGUUUUUCUUUCUUCCAUGGCUUCCUCCUUUCUGCUUCUUUAUAACCUCCUCAUAGCUUUCAUUUCCAUUUCGAAAACAACAAUCUACCCCUAGUCUCCUUAACUAGAUUCACCUCUUUCUCUCCCUCUCUUUUUCUCUCUAAGUUCAAGUCUAAAGGCAGUAGAUCUACCUCUUUUGCAGUCCUAGACUAGAUGUGACAAUAUUCCUAGGUUUUUUCAAGAAAAGUUGUAAUCUUUUUGAGUUUGAAAAGUUCAAAGACUUUUCAGGGGUUUAGCAUGAUGAUGGAUAAUUACUCUGGGUUUGCGAAAGAAGACGAACAGCAGAUGGAUUUACCUCCUGGAUUCCGAUUUCAUCCGACAGAUGAAGAGCUGAUCACGCAUUAUCUGAUCAAGAAAGUUGUUGAUAAUAGCUUCUCUGCUAAAGCAAUAGGGGAGGUUGAUAUGAACAGAAUUGAGCCAUGGCAGUUACCUGGGUUGGCGAAAAUGGGCGAAAAGGAGUGGUAUUUUUUCUGUGUAAGGGAUAAGAAGUAUCCAACCGGAUUGCGCACGAACAGAGCAACUGAUGCCGGUUACUGGAAAGCCACCGGAAAAGAUAAGGAGAUUUUCCGUGGGAAAUUGCUCGUCGGAAUGAAGAAAACUCUCGUUUUCUAUAAAGGGAGAGCUCCAAAAGGGGAAAAAACAAAUUGGGUAAUUCACGAAUUUAGAUUAGAGGGUAAAUCAUCUGUCCAAACCCUACCAAAAUCAGCCAAGAAUGAGUGGGUGAUAUGCCGCGUGUUUCACAAAGGUUCCGGCGAGAAGAAAGCAAAUAUUCCGGGGACCAUGACUGCAAAUUCCGGCGAAAACGAACCGAAUCCGACUCAUUUCCCUCCACUGACAGACGCUUCCUCACCGUACAGUGGUGGCAGGGUGAUUAAAUCUGAUACCCUCGACGUGCCCUGCUUCUCCAGUCCGAUCAACAUGCAAACACCUCACAACAACUUUCUCAACAAUCCUAGCUACCCUUUUGAUCCAAAUUCCAACGCUAGUUAUGCUUUUCCGGCAGUCCAAUCCACUCCAACUCUGGAAUCCCAAUCCAAUUUCCAAUUCCAAUUCCAGUUCCCGACAGGCUACACAUUUCCAGGCCAAGAACAAUCAAUCUUGAAGGGAUUACUCGAAAACAAUGGGUUCAAACUGGAAAGAGAGAUGGGUACAGGUUCGCAAGAAACGGGAUUGAGCAGUGAGAUGAACACAGAGAUCUCUUCAGUUAUGUCUAAUCUUGAAAUGAGAAAAAGGGCAUUUGAAGAUCAAGAAGCUCCAUCUACUUCCGUUGGACCAAUCGACAUAGAUUGUUUCUGGAAUUACUGAACAAGAAUCCAUAAUUAAGAAGAUGAAGAUAAUGAAGAUGAUAUGAAAAACCGUUCUUCAUACAUGAAUAGAGUAUUUGAGUGUUAGAUGCAUAUAAUUUUCUGAUGCUUGAGACAAAUAUUUCAGGUAAUGAAGAAACUAUUACAAUGUAAGAGAUUAUAUGGUAAUUAGUAUUUUAAUAUUGUUAAUAUCCUCUAUAAAAAUAUUAGUGGGAGUUUUAUAUAUUUUUUGAAUAUUAUUUUCAACGCUGUAG